CACGCGGAAACACACUCAUCACAACAAUGGAGCGAGGAGCGCUCACGCGCUCGGAGCCGCAGGCCGCCGGCCCGGAGGUGUGCGCCGUGUGCCUGGAGCUCAUCCGGGACAAGAAGACUUUGCGGUGCCUGCACUCCUUCUGCUCCGGCUGCGUGGACUCGGCGUUCAGCGUCAAGCCGGCCUGCCCGCUGUGCAACACCUUCCACGGGCUGUACACCGGCACCCAGCCCGAGGGAACCAUGUCCGUGGGCCGCCUGUCCAAGAGCCUGCCGGGCUACGAGCGAUGCGGCAGCAUCGUCAUCCGCUACAGCUUCCCGGCGGGGAUUCAGGGGCCUAACCACCCGAAUCCCGGGGUGAGGUACAGCGGCACCACGCGCAUCGCUUUCCUGCCGGGCAACGAGGAGGGAGAGAAGAUCCUGAAGCUGCUGAGGAAAGCCUUCGACAGGAAGCUCAUCUUCACCGUCGGGCAGUCUGUCACCACCGGCCUCCACAACGUCAUCACCUGGAACGACAUCCACCACAAAACCUCCGUCACCGGGGGGCCGCAGCGUUUUGGGUAUCCGGAUCCAGAUUACCUGUCGAGGGUUCUAGAGGAGCUCCGCGCCAAAGGAGUGACGGAGGACGACUGACGGGGGAAAACGCUGCUUCAGAUUAAUGUUAAUACUGUGUAUUUUAACAGUGGUCCUUAUUUCCAACCUGCACUUUUUGCAGUUCUUGCACAGGGAUCUUCAUCACUGAUGCUGAAGGAUUAUUUUUGUUUUUUUUGUUUUUGUUUUUUUUUAUAAUUUAAAAUGGUUGCCUGGGAAGACUGAUUUAGAUUUCCUGAAGUAAUUUCUCAGCUGUUGGCUGACUAUGCAAAACAGUCAUUAUCCAAGAAAAACCACAGGGGACUCAAGAUAAGAUAGUUUACAUUGUAAUUAUGUUGUUUUCUACUUAUGAUGUUCUUGCACAUUUUUGAGAAUCACAUAGAUUAGACUGCCUCGCUGUUUAUUUCGAUGUCUGUCUGCAGGAAACACAGUUGCUGAGAAAUUAUGCAAAUAGAUGAGAAAUUCGCCUUAAAAUAUAUUCACCUGGUGAUACUGUGUUUGUCACAUAUCUACCAAAAUGCAUGAAAAGAUAAACCAGUACUGAAGCCUGGGCUCUUCAAAACGCACUAUAACAGGAGGUUGCAUGACAGUGGAUCGUUGUGCUGCUGCUCAUGGCGAACGGUCUCUUUAUUGCUGAAGUUUGCACAUUUUCCUACCUAACAGAGGAGAGCCUGAAACUCUCCCGUUGUAGAGUUCACUUUUUGUUAUACUUGCUCUUGUUAUCGCUCACAGAUGCAAAAUGAGAAAAAUGACUUUAGUUUUAUUUAUGUGAAG